UUUGAAGAUAUCUCAAAGGCUUUAGAUGAGAAAUAUCAAUCAAUUGAAAAAUUAUCAGUUCUACUGAAGCACCUAACAUUUGAGUUACCAGCUUGAAAAGAUGGCCGUCAAAGCGCUGGAGUCGGACCGGAAAAACAGGAGACAUGCUGAUUUGGCGAAGACCCUCUCAUCUUCCGUUGGUAAUCAUCUGUUUCUAAAAUAUCAAGAUAGUGAAGCAUCAACUUCAGGCAGUGGUACUAGCAGUGCAUGCGCACCUACAGUUGUCCAGCCAUCAACUUAAACCAGCCAGAAGUCAGGCUCUAUGAACGUAGUUCAAUACACGAAGGCAGACUCGUGAAAGGCAGAGAUCGUGUGGACUUAAAAAGUGAUCUGCAGCCAUUACAGUUACAACUCUUGUGAAAAUAAUUCGAAAGUGUUUGCAGUCAUGUUCCCAGACAGUGACAUUGCUAAAAACUACCACUGUGGGGAAAUGAAGACUUCGUACCUGGCUACAUUUGGCAUCGCUUUUCACUUUUGAUCUCUACUGCCUCAAAGCCAAAAAAGCCAGAAUAGAGAGUGACAUAUCAACGCUUAUUGAGAAGGCUGACAGGCUGUGUGAGGAGGCAGAAGAAAAGAGGAAUUUGAGGUUUAUCACCGAGGCCAAUGCACUCAGAGGCAGAGCGAAGGACAAGAGAGCCACUUUGGCACCUGUGCAGCAACAAAUAGAGGAGGCACUGGGUAGGCUCAAGGAGCUAGAGUAAGGGUGCUGAGACAGACAUCAGUAGAAGACAUUUGUGUAUAUAGUUGCAAUUGUAGUUAGAAUCAGUUUUUCUGUAUACUGUUAUGUGAAGACGUUGACAAUGGUCAUAUCAAUGAGAACAACCACAAGGGGCGACAGGUGAUCACUGUCACAGGUACUGAGGUACUGGAACCUUUGAUGAACCAAGAACGGUUGAUGGCACCAUUGGGUGAGUCUUUUUUCCUUACUCUUGAUUUCCCACGAAGGCCCUAAAUUUUUCGUGUCGGCCCUAAACUUUUUUCAUGUCAGCCCUAAAUUUUUCUUGUCAGCCCCUAAGAAUGCCCCUAAAAAGCGCUUAAUUUUUUUUGGUCAGACUGAGUAUGAACCCUUGAUAGGGAUAUAUAGAGGAUAUGCUAGUCAACUACUCCCAUUUUUUUUUUAAUUUAACCUGUCACAAUGAUGAUUACUAGCAGCAAUGAAUUCCAGUUUCAAUAUUUCAUCCACUCAUAAAUUAUGAAUAUACACUAUAUAUUGUGAAAGGUAUAUGUUUACCUGCCUUGACUAACUUUAAUUUAGCUGUUGACACAUUCUUAAUCCAUACAGUUUAAUAGCGCAUUGGUGAACCCUUUGUAGGUGGAACAUCUUAACGAAACAUCUAAAAUACUUAACAUCUUAACCAUACAGUUUAAUAGCACAUUGGUCAACGCUUUGCAGGUAGAACAUCUUAACGAAACAUUUAAAAUUCUUAAGAUCUUAAACGUUCAUGGAAAGGCUUUCAAAAAAGUUUCGUAGUGUGUUUAUGGGAAUCUUUGAUCUUUUUAUCCAAGAGCAUAGUUGUCAAGUUACACACUGACGUUGGACUAAAAGGCCUGGCUUUCAGUGUCCAGUCUAAUUCAUUCAAAUGUAUUCUAUAUGGUUCAGGUCAGAAUUGCACAGGCCAGUCAAGUUCAUCCACAUCAAAUGAUCCGAUCCAUGUCUUUAUGAAGCCUGAUUUGUGCACUGAUACUGAUAUUUGUACAGACACGUUGGAACAGGAAGGGUCCAUCUCUAAAUUGUUCCCACUUGAGAAAUUUCCAAAUUAUUAGCCGCUGAGCUCCAAUGGAAAGAACUCUGAAUGCUUCAGUGUACCAGGGAACCUCAUACUGUAGAUAUCAAAAUUAAACUGUCACAGAUGCAUUUUCACAUAUGUUAUGCAUAGAAUUGAAGAAAAAAAUAUUCUAAUGGGAUGGACCUGUGAGAAGUACCUAGCUUUUGGGAUUUAGGGAAUAUUUGCUGCUCAUCUUGGUUCAUCUGUUUUACUCUCUUCCCCUGCUUUCUGAUAGACCCUAAAAUAUGUCUGCAGCCUUUUUGCAAAAAGACAGUGAUGACAAACCAAUGGCAACCAUUUGGAGUUAAAAGGCUCCUGCACGCUGAUUCACUCUGGAUUGGGACUAUGUUGCAGAACUUCAUGAUGGCCACGUCUUUCAUCAAAGAUUUCCAGGUGUUUAGAACGAGACCUAACAUUCAGUUGCUGACAGGAUUCCUCAUUCCCCAGCUCCCAGAAAAGCAGAUGGAUGAAAUGCCUGUAGAGAAUAGUUCUGUUGGGACUGUCAUCUCUUCAUUAACUCAUAACUCUGAAGGGGUAGAAAACGAAAUAUGUUGUGAGGAGGAACGCAAGCAGACUGUGAUAGUUCCUGCGAAAUCCCAACCAGAGACUGUGUUUGUUCCUGUUGCUCACAAUAAGAGGCCUAAGGUCAAUACUGAGCCAACUCUGACUUUUUUUAAUGGGCCUGAGGAUGUACCUGUGCAUCACAAAAAACAAACAUCCACCCAACUUCUGGACUUCCUACGAGCUAAACUCACAACCGUUCAGCCAACAGAGGCCUCUUUCAUCGAAGUGAUUAAGUGCUCGUCAAAGCCCAUGCGGCUCUUUGUGGAAACACAAGGUACUCCUAUCAGGCAUGCAUCACGUGAGCAGAUUGAUGCCGCAGAUUCAGAAACACUCUUCAAAGAUACAGUAAACCAAGAUCCUGUUUUCAGCGUCAAACGGGGCGAGCCAAAUGGCUCACUUACAUAUGCUGGUGUGAUUGCAACCAAGACUGAACUGUGGGAUUUUAGAGAUGUUGAGACAGUUGUCACAGCAGAGGGGGCCGAAGGAAAAUCCAAUAUCUGGUGCUCUGACAGCAAAGAUUUUCAGAGUGAGAAGUCAGAGGACGGCGAGGCCUGCAUGACUAAACCCCGAAAACCCCUUUCUGAAAAUUACGCAAAAAAGCCCCAAACAACGUCAGCAAAUAUUCCAGAAUUCAGGGUACAAAGAUUUGAGGAACCUGAGGUUGUUGUGUCUCAUGUUGUAAGUCCAAGCAACUUCUACAUUCAGCAUGCAAAUGCCAUCGCUAAGAUGCAGGCACUUGUUACUGGCUGCUGGAAAUCUAGUAGUUCAUAUGCUGAGCAGAACUGCAUUCCAGACAUCGGAACCCAUGUAGUAGCCUGGUUCCCUAAGCAAAAACAAUGGUGCAGGGCUCAGGUGACAAAGAUAUGUGGCGUGAGCAUAGAUGACGCCAGUGAUGGAGCCAAGGGUGAGACUUCCAUCAAGGUGGAGGUGAGGAGACUAGAUCACGGCGACACUCACUCUGUAUCACUGUGCAACCUGAAAGAGAUGAGCCCAGAAAUGUGCAACUUACCACUCCAAUCAAUGAAAGUCUCGCUAGCAAAUGUGAUUCCGAUAAAUGGGACAAACUGGUCUGAGGAAGCAGUGGAUUGGUUUAGAAGGAUGGUGCACAACCGGGUGUUCUACGCUAGAAUUUACACGCACGGGCCCCGCGCGUCAGUCGAGCUUUACUUGGAAAAGGGGAAACUUGGAGCUAUGAGGAGGGGGCCGCCAUUAUCUGUACGACUAGCACAGAAUGGACACGCCAAACACACCAAACUGAUGAAUAUUAGUUUACCAAGAAACACUCUGGAGUCAAAAAUGAACUGGGGGUCCUUUUACGCCGUGAUCAGCGGCGUAAACAGGCACUCAACGGGCAUCGGACGAAUAUGGCUCUCCGUCAUCUUCAUUUUCCGUAUCUUCGUCCUGGUGGUUGCGGCGGAGAGCGUUUGGGGAGACGAGAAAUCCGGCUUCACCUGCAACACCCAACAGCCCGGCUGCAACAGUGUCUGCUACGACCAGUUCUUUCCCAUCUCGCACAUCCGCCUAUGGGCACUCCAGCUAAUUCUGGUCUCCACGCCAGCUCUCCUUGUGGCCAUGCAUGUGGCCCAUCGGCGCCACAUUGAAAAGAAGAUCCUCAAGAGAGCUGGCCGUAACAGUCCUAAGGAGCUGGAGCACAUCAAGAACCAGAAGUUUCACAUCACUGGAGGUCUGUGGUGGACGUACAUGAUCAGCAUUGUCUUCCGAAUCCUCUUUGAAGUUGCUUUUCUCUACAUUUUCUACAUGAUCUACCCGGGUUUCAGGAUGGUGCGCUUGGUGAAGUGCGAUUCAUACCCGUGCCCCAACACGGUGGACUGUUUUGUGUCCAGGCCCACAGAGAAGACCGUUUUCACCGUCUUCAUGCUGGCCGUGUCUGGAGUGUGUGUGUUGCUCAACCUGGCUGAGGUGGUCUACCUCGUAGGCAGGGCGUGCAAACGAUUCUUUCGCCGCUCUGAGGAAGAGUCCAAAAUGGACUGGAUGAGUCAGAAAUUGUCUUCCUACAAAGUGAGAUCGAUCAGCUGAUGGUAAACCAUUUUUUUUUACUGUGAGAUAAAAGAGAGAGGGGUGAGAGGAUGGGGAGAGGGUUCUCUCAAAAUUGUUUACACAACUAUAUCUGCAAUUUACAGAUUUUUCUGAUCUGAAAAUAUAUCCGUGGUGUACGUGUUUUUCAGAGCCACCAAGCUGUAUAUCCAUGAUUUACGCACGAAUUCCAAAUGUACAAAUAGAUCCAAUUAUGUAUUAUCUGCCAUUUACAUGAUUUGUAAUGUUGUAUGUGCAUUUAUCAUGACUUAUCAUUUGUAGAUAUUCAUUUUUGCUUGUGAAUUGUUGAAGCAACUUUUGUGGAUCAGUGGGCUCACGCAUUUAUUUGCGGGACAAACGUAACGCAGUGUUCAAGAUAUUCGCGUACACAAGUUAAGAAUAUGCACGUGUGGGAAGUCUUCCCUCCAUCCAUCCAUAUGGAUGACUGUAAGUCAUUUUUAUGAGAAUCCAAAAAUUGUGAUUUAAAAAAAAAUAUAUUUUAAAAUCAUUUUCGUUUUGAAAUGUGUUAGAAAUUACCAGCCGCACGCUUAGACAACACUGCAUACACUCGAAUGGUGGAUCCUGUUACAGAUACGCUAAGUCACACUUCUUCUUUUCGGCUUGUCCUGUUAGGGGUCGCCACAGCGUGUCAUCUUAGAUGAACGCAAAUUUGUUUUGGCACAGUUUUUACACCGGAUGUCCUUCCUAACGCAACCUUACAGCACCUGGUAUUCCCAGGCAGUUUCCCGUCCAUGUGGUAACCAGGGCCAAACCCGCUUAGCUUCCGAGAUCUGACGACGUUGCACGUUCACAGGGUAGCAUGGCCAUAAGUUAUCUUAGUCGCACUAAUGCAACAAAAACACACCAUAUUAGAAUGGGUUGCAUUGGAAAGUUCACCCUGGGUGGGUUCUCUGCAACCAGGAACCUUCGGUAACUCAGAGCGUUUGUAGUGUGUGUGCUAUUCGAUAUAAGUAAAAGUGGCAAAUUCAAUAUGGCAGAUACAGUAUACUGACACAUGUUCAGCAGUAAAGAUAUCGUAAGUGAAGUGAUGCUCUGCCUCUUGGUGCUGGACUGAAUUUCCGAACAGAUCCCAAGUACAAGGCUGCAGGGAAGAUUGAUCGGUGAUGGAAACAGUUUUGGCCACAAAACUAGCGAGCAAGAACUACGGCGAUCUCUUCAGUGCGGACACUGAUCUGAGCCACGUGGCGGAGAGCCCAGUGCUGAACCUUUAUAAAUGUUACUGACUUUGUAUUUUUGAAGAAAUUGUUAAGCUUUUCAUCCUGCCUAAUCGUUGAAGAUUUAUCUCAACCAGAAUAAAAGAACCGGGCAAAAGAGGUUUUAUACCGUCUGCAGGUUAUCCCCGACCUGCGGGUAUUCUUUAUUCUCUUUUAUUAACCUCUAACAAAUAUCACAUCUGAUUUUUAUGAAUGUGGUUUUGUUGUUGUUGAUUUGGUUGUGGGAUAGCACAGGGGAUUUUUUUUUUUUUUUACAUGAUUUUUUUUUUAAAUCGGGGUCGGGAGAAAUAUGUGGAAGCUUAAAAUUAGCUUUGUUUUACAAUGCAACUUCAGAACCUACCUAUAUAUGCAAGCCUAAUACAGGGAAUACUUUGUGUGUGUGAAUAUCUUGAAAACUGCAUUAUGAUUGUAAGCACGAAUGCACCUUCAACAAUUUACAAGCAGAAUUGAAUAUUUACAAAUGAUAAGUCAUGAUUAAUGUACACACGACACUAAAAAAAAAACAUGUAAGUUGCAGAUAUAUUUGAGAAUCUGAAAAAUAUGGAAAUUGUGACUAUAUUUGUGGAGCUGAAAAUCGCGAAUAUAUUUGUCCAAGUCAUUUUGAGACAAAUCUCUCCCCAUACGAGGCAUUCUAUGUUUUGACACAGACCCCCCCCCCCCAUCCCCCCUUCAAACCACUAAACGUCUACUGGGGAUGUUGUUCAGCACUCAUGCCACUCUAUUUAUAUGCAGUGUAAAAUAGUACACGUAUUAUAUUUAUUGUAUGAACUGCCUGUCAAAAACAGCUUUUCCUUUUCAAUUUUUACUGACAAACAGUUUCAGCAUGUCUUGAGGAUGGGUGAAGAUUCUUUGAUCGUAUCAGUCCCUGCCCAUGUUUGAAUCACGUAAAAUCAGCUCAUUUACAGUUUUCAUAUAUAUUUAGAAGCAUUUACCCUGGAUAUAAAGUCAAUGCAACCCAUUCAAAUGUGUUUGUGAUGUAAAUUAAUAAAACCAAGAUAAAGCAUUUAAAAAAAAAAUUCCCGCCAUUAAUGUGCUAUUUAACCUGUACAACGCAGUGGAAAUUUCUUUCUUGAUCUUUGUAUGAGGGGAAACUACAAAAAUAAACAACUGAGAUGAUGAUGUGUAACAAAAUCCCCCAUAUGCACAUAGGAAAAUGUGUUGUGGUCCGAUAAAACUAAGGUUGAACUUUGGCCCCAAAUCCAACAAUCUGUUGUGUAAAUUGGCGCUAAAAUAAAACAUCGCAAAAAAGAACACUACACCAACAGUGAAGCAGAGCGGUGGCGGCAGCAUUACGCUUUGAGGAUAUUUUUUUUAAAUUUGUUUUCUUUUCUUUUGUAGUUGCAACUGAUACUUCAGUUACGGUGGAGGAAAUUGUGAAAAUUUUCCAAAUUGCAGUCAGUCUCAGUGGAAAACCUUCAGGUUUCUGCUAGAAAGGAAAACAAAGAAGCCGAGAAUAACAUCUGAACUUCAUUUGAGGUGAAUCAGGGCCACUUCUGCGCUGACUCCAAUUUAACAUGACUUUGAUUGGAGUUCAUUCUGAACCACUUCCCCUGCCCCCACCCCUUUUUAAGAGGUUGUGCACACUCGAGCAACCAUAUUAUUUCAGUUUGAUUUUACUUGGUCUCUUACAAAGAAAAAGAAAUGGGGGGGGUCUCAUUUUUUUCCCCAAAAUAUUCAUUUGAACUGAGGUGUGAAAAGUUUUUAUAUCCAUUGACUUUUUUUCAAUAUAAAAUAAAAUUCGGGGUGAGCAAGUGGCUCUCGGCUAACAAAAAUUGCCUUUUAAAAAUCUUUACUGAUCAAAAUGUACCGACAAUAGCUGCAUGGAAACCCGUCUUCAAAACGAGAACAGUGCUUGGUUUUCAUGAAGUGACACUUGUUUGUUUAUUUGUGUUGUACAUACUAACGACUUUUGGAUCUAGUUAGGGUGGGCUAUUGUUUGCUUACAUUGAUAAGUUUAUGUUGAGGGUGCGCAAAAUGGAUCUGCCCUGAGUGCGAUCUUAUCAUGCGGAAGCUUUUUCCCAACACAAGAUUACUAAAGUCCCAAAAUGUACUACAACUAACCACUCACGUGCUCCCUCUCUCUUUCAUGUGCAAUACAUCUUAAUUGAAUCCGUGUUUAAGUACACUUGUUUUUUGUUAUAUAUUAU